GCGACCCCCGCCGCGAGGACGCGCCGGCGGAGCGGCUGUGAAGGCGCGCCAAAAGAUGCCCUAAUGUUUCCCCUUCUUUUCAAAUACCAAGUCUACCUGAGAUUGGCCAAUGCACAGACAGUAGCUGUAAAGCCCCAAUAGGAGAAUGAGUGAAAGGAACAUCCAAAGUUUGAGCAAAGGGGUAUUGGUGCUCUCUCUCUGCCUUAUAAUGCUUUGGGGAAGGCUGACACUGGCCUCAUCAUAUCACAGAAGCCAUUCAGUGCACAUAGAACCUGGCACGUGUGAAGUCAUUGCUGCCCACAGAUGCUGCAAUAAGAAUAAGAUUGAAGAGCGCUCCCAAACAGUGAAAUGUUCCUGCUUUCCAGGUCAGGUGGCUGGGACAACACGUGCUGCUCCUUCAUGUGUAGAUGCUUCAAUAGUGCUUCAGAAGUGGUGGUGCCAAAUGCAGCCAUGUCUAGAAGGAGAGGAGUGUAAAGUACUACCAGAUUUGUCUGGAUGGAGUUGCAGUACUGGAAACAAAGUAAAGACAACUAAGGUCACACGAUAGAUCUUGGAAGAUCCAGUCUUAUCAGGUAUCAUCUUCAUUGACAUGGCCAGCGUUCCAAGAAAUAGCACAAUAUGGCUUUUGUUCAGGUGCAAGAUACUUCUUGUAUGCUCUGCAGAGUUGGAAAUACGAGGACUUCCUUGGUACAGGAUAUAAUGCAUUUGAGGUAUAGGAUGGCUAUUUUUUAUGGGCACUUUACUAAUCUUCCUCAAGUACAUCUGCCUAGGGGAUGGUGCUGCAGUCUGCUUCCUUUUGCAAAAACGAUACCAAGGAUUAAAGAACAGGGUUGGUAUCCCUGUCUCGGCAGAUAUCUUGGAAAUUUUUCCUUGUUUUUGAAAAUAAAAUAUUGCAUCAGCUACUGAUUAAGUAAGUGCAGCCUCAAAGGUAUUUAACCAUCAAUUGCUAUGAAUUCUACAAUUCUGGGUCUUGAAUGCAGUUACAACAACUCCCUUCUGUUCCAUAAUUUUUAUUCCAUAUCAUGGAUAUACCUGUGAGGAGGAAAAAGAAAAAAAAAGCAUUUCUUCCCUUUCUGUUCAGUUAACUAUUCUCCAAUAGUUAACUGCGUAAGUCUGUUGAUGGCCCCAAAGGGGGGGGAAACAGCUUUCCUUUCUUUUAGCUGUCCUGUGUCUCUAAGCUAGCUGUGUUGAUUGAUAAAAGAAUUGGGGAGUUGAAUGGAUGAUGUAAUGACAAUUCAGCAUAAAAUUAGGAUAUUUACAGAUUAUUUCCAGUCAAUGUUUUGUUGGUUACAUAGAUAACAAGGUUUGAGAAUCUGGGCCUAAGAAACCAUACUCUGAUCUUUCAAAAAAAGUUAAUGCAGUUGUUCCAAUAUUUAUCCAGAUAGUAGAUCAGAUUCUUUGCCUAGGUUAUGGGAAAACCUAUAGUAGAGACACAGUUUCAAAAUCUUGAUGAAAAAAGUAUUUUCUAUUUGAUUUCCAGAAAAGAUAUUCUCCCUGGUCAUUCCCUCACCCAGUUCAGCAAUUACUUUAAUCAGGCUUAUUAUAGUUUUAAGUCUUUGAUACCUUUAAAGUUAUAAGGAUAUUUGUUGGGGAAAUUCUAUUAAAAGUCUGAGAAUGAGGAAAGUAUUAUCUUUCGCUUUGCUGUGUUGUGCUUGGUUGAAUUUAAAUUUUAUUUGGAGACUUGAGUUAGUUUAAUUACCCAUUUAGUAUUAAAUAAAUGCUUGUAACUGACAACUGUAAUGAGUACAAAUCCCUCUCAGGGGCAAAUUAUUGUUUUUAAUAAUCUAUUCUUUAAAAAAAAUAAUGCUAAACUCCCUAUAUGUAUUAGGGGAUGAAGGAGCCUCCACUUGACUUUGGCUAGUUAAUACAAGGUUUUGGAGAGAAUUUUUUUAAGGCUGCUAGAGGAAACCAACAGACAUAGAACAGCAUUAUCUCUGGCAAAAUUGAUGUCAUAUUUUGAUAAUCUGGCUUCCCAGUGGAAAACUAUAUUUAGGGCCUACAUAACAUUUCAUGGUAAAUGGGAACAUUAGUUAUGAGGGUGGAGACAGGUUUCCUUUAACAUAACUCAUUAUUAAUCUUUCCUAGUUAACUAUUGAAAUCCACUCCCAGUUUAUGAGCAUCUGUAAAAAUGUUCCAUAUCUGUAUCCUAUUAUGGCUACCUUGAUUCCUGAAGUUCUGUUGAUAUAAUCUAGGAAUGAGGCUGAGAGUAUAUAAAUUGCAAAGUAAUAUCCAAAGUCAAUAUCUAAUUCCAACUAAUUUAGAUGGAUUGGAGUAUCCAGGAAGAAUGUAGUGGGCAAGCAGAUGCACCUUCCAAACUUUGCCUUGCCCUGUCCUGUUUUGGAGUGGCCUGGCCUCCAUGCUGUGACUGUAUGACCUGCUGACUUUGUUAUCUCAACGUUUUUGUAACAGACUAUGUUUUACUUGCUUCAGAUGCUAUGUAAAUACCAGACUGUGAAAUAUUAAAGUUCGUUUUAA